CUCCAUCUCAUCGUCCUCUUCACCCUCGUCCUCUACUUCGCUCUACCUACUCCCUUGCGCUGGUCCGUCGCCUCUUGCUCCCUCAUUGUCCAUUCAUUCUUGUCCUUCAACCCACCUUGGACUUGGGCGCCUCACUCGUCCAUUCACAAUCCUCGACUGGGAACCACUGGCUGGUCUAUUCUGUCAUCCGUUGUCCAUCAAAGUUCAGCAGCCCACCUUGUAUCGAUCAAUCUUCUCCAUUCUUACGCGCUCCGAGCUCCCACUUGAACUCUGCACGGCGGCCUCUUUCGAUCCGGCCGCAAUUGGCACCUUUGGCACCUUUGGUACCUUCAGCACUGAUUGAUUGAGCUGGCCUCAUCCUGGUCCAGAUUGCCGUGUUACUUUUUCCGCCCGCCGAGCUACGCUUGCUGUUCGCGCCUCUGCAUCUCUGGCUCUUCCCAGAAAUAGAUCUGAGCUUCGAUUCCUGCCCGCCCUGCAGUCUUCUGUUUUUCUCUCCACGCCACAAGUCCUCUUCAACACGCUGUGGUCCGUCAGAUCCCUCUAUCCGUGACCUUCCAUCCACCUUGGUUGUCAGGUCGUCAACUCCUCAAGUACCCAGGAUCCACCAUUAUUGACCAUCUCGUCGUCGAUGUCAAUCAUGCCUGCGGUAACCAGACCAAUUCUCCCACCCCUCCAGACCCCUAAUUCGGCCUCUUUCCCGUCUGAGGUGGUCAACACCCCCAUCUCCUGCGUCUCUUCGGUUAUGAGACGGGAGAUAUGUACGCCCAUCACUCCUCCGUCGGCGUACACCGACUUCCUCAACGCAUUGACUCCCGUCCUGGCAACCCCGCCGGCCACCAGUGGAUUGCAAAGAACCGCAUCCAACGACUCUACAAGCACUAGGAAUUCCUUUGUGUCAACCACAUCAUCAUCGAGUCAACUCUCUGGACGAAGCGAUGGUUCAAAGCCUGAGCUGGGUUCAGUCCCACCUACACCCUACAACCGAAGGACACCGACUGCCUUGAGAAGGCUUCGGAUACCUCACUCACCCGCAUUCUCGCCCUCGACCUGUGGGCCUUCUCCACGGACUGCCUUGAGUACCAUGAGCACAGGAAGCAUGAUGUAUUCACCAUUUUCUCCAGCCGACUGGAACGUCGACAGCGCCACCCGCAGAUAUUUUGAAGCCCCCAAAAGUGCAUGCAUUAAACCUGUCAGUGUCCGCUCUGUCGUUACAAGGACCGUGACAUACAAAAGAUCUCCCCCAUUGGACCCAGCCCCAAAAGGCAAGAAGCGCAAGUUGUCACCCAACCCCGAAAUGCCACCUCCCGCCCCAGUCAAAGACAACAAUGGUCUUCAGAUCAAGGUGGAAAAUCUUCCAUCGACAUUGGUUGAGUCGACGGCUGACGUCAAGGUCGAUUCGACCACCCUAUCUGCCUCUACGUCUACACCAUCGCCAAUAAGCCCACCCGUGGUGGGCUUGACGACCACUCCCCCAGUGCUCACCAUUUAGUCAGCUGGCUCGACGACCGAGGAGCAGGGUUAAUGAACGACAGAAUCGGCGUGGGUCCGGUUGUUACGACAUUGUUGCGAUUGAUUUUGUAAAUGAUACCAUACUGCGUUAUCAUGGCACGGCGCUUGGCGUACUGGUACGACCAGCAGACAUGAAUGAAAAGGGCAAGGGAUGCGUGUAGUGCAACUCAUGACUAAUGCACAAAAAGAAGUUGACUAGCAAGGACCAGUCCGCCAGAAGGGUUUCUGCGAGGACUGGAUGUUUGAUUUCCCCAGCGGGGUCACAGUUUGGCGCGGCUCUACUGAGAGACGAGAGAUGCAUGGGAUCGUCAAGGAGGUUUGGGCAAGAUUCUGAAAUCUGAUGGCGGAGACAUCUCCGGGACAAGUGGCCACCAAGGUGUGUGUGUGAGCCUAGGAUACAUAGCACCGUGUCAUACGAGUGGGAGUAGCUACUGAGCAGAUGCAUGUAGCCACAAGUCAGAUGAAAGUAUCAG